UUUCACCUGUUCAAAUUAAUAACCAUCAGUUUCUUAUCUAUUUUGAAUAAAUCUGGUAGAUAUUUAUAGGUAAACUUAUUAAGGACAACGUUCUUACUAUUGUUGUGAUAAGUCGUGAUGGUGUCUCAGAAAUCUAACUACUUUUUAUAUUGGGCUGUUAUUUCAGUAAACUUUCUGUCCAUUAAUAUGGCCACUCUAUUCUCAUGGACAUCACCGACCAUACCAAAACUAUACAGCAACGAUACAAGCAUCAAUCCUUUGGGCAAACCAAUAACACCCGCAGAGGAGUCAUUGAUUGCUUCCUUACCUAAUAUUGGAGCUAUCUUAGGAACUAUUGUAUCGGGACUCUUGGCUGAUAAGCUUGGUCGCAAAAGAACUUUGAUCCUUUGUGCUCUGCCGUUCUUUGCAUGUUACAUACUAAUAGCCAAUGCCUCAAAAUUCUAUUUAUUCGUGGUUGCCAGAAUAAUAUUGGGUGUUUCUGUUGGAAUUGCUUUAACUGUUUUGCCAAGUUAUGUAGCAGAAAUAUCGGAAGACUCAAAUCGGGGUAUUUUAAGUUCUAUAUUUGGGAUUAUGAAUGCUGUGGGUCAUCUUUGUUCGUUUGUUGUAGGUCCUUUGGUAAGCGUUCAGGGCUAUGCAUAUUUUCUUUUAAUUCCUGUAACCAUAUUUUUCGUAACUUUUGUACCGUUUGUACCAGAAAGUCCAUAUUAUUUUAUGGCGAAAGAUGACACUAACAAAGCUGAGAAGGUAUUAAAAAAGAUUCAUAAAAACUCUGAUACUAGUAAAGAACUACAACACAUACAAGACGUGGUAUACAGGUCUAAACAUCAAAAGGUAAACUGGAAAGAAUUAACUGUGGCUCCAACUCGAAAUGCCAUGAUAGCUUGUUGUGGCUUGCUUCUUUUUCAACAAUGUAUGGGUAUUCCAUUUAUUCUUCUUUACUUACAACCAAUUCUUAACGCUAGUGGUAACAUAAUUCCUUCCAGCCUGGCUUCAAUAAUCAUAGGUUUUGUGCAGAUAGUCCUUUGUAGUGUUGCAACUCUAUUAAUAGAUCGUCUUGGUAGAAAAAUUCUUCUUCAGGUAUCUUCCACAGGCAGCAUUGUCUCUUUAGUGGGCUUGGGUGUGUACUUUUACCUUCAAAGUCACAAUUACAAUGUUGAUCCAAUAUUUUGGCUACCACUGGCAAGCCUCAUUAAUUUUUACGUUUUCUUCAAUAUCGGUUAUGCUACGAUACCUUGGACUAUUGGAGGAGAACUGUUUGCUACGAAUGUAAAAUCUAUUUGUGUUAGCAUCGGUUCCUUCGGUGCUCUUACUUUAGGAUUAGUUAUUGUAGCUGCUUUUCCGUUUAUUCGGGAAACGUUUGGUAUGAGUGGGGUCUUCUUUCUUUUCAGUGGAAUAGCUUCUUUUAGUAUUAUUUUUGUCUCCAUUUUUGUACCAGAAACGAAAGGAAGAAACUUUUUGGAAAUACAGAAUGCUUUAAGUCGAAGGCAAAAACCUAUUGCUGAUUAAAUUUUAAAACAUUAAAUUAAUUUUAUUUAUAAUAAAUAUUUUUUAAAUA